AUGGUAUCUCCAGCCAAGACCCAGAGCCCAGAGAAGAACAAGUUGGAGCUGCUAUGCUACUAUGCCUGGAAGGGACCAAGGGCGGGGACAGGGGAGGGGCGGCGCAGGCAGGCGAAGGGCCCCAGCACGCCAGUGCCUCUUUCAGCACCGCGGACAGCGCCAGUCCAGCGAGUGGGCCAAGGCCUGGAAGAAAUCCAGCACUCCAAGGAACACCCUGCACCAACCACUGGAGUAGUGACUGCCAUGCUGCUAGAAGCGGAACUUGAUUGCAACCGAGAGGGGCCUGGUGCUCCAGGAGCUGCUGCCCUCUGUACCUUCAGCAGGGCUCGAGCUCGGGCUAAGGGGCUGAAAUGCAAGCCGGACGGCUUCUGGGCCCCUCGGGUUCCGGCUCAAAGGAGUACAGAGCCUCCAGUGGCUUCUGGAGCGUCUCCGCGACCCCAGGCCCAGCCCCGCCCCGCGGCCCCGCCCCCCGCCGCUCCGCCCUCCGCGGGCCCGUGGCUUGGCGCCCCGAGGCCUCCCGUGGGCACAGCGCCCAGCAGCGACACGAGUCGCUCCGACGCCAGCUCAGAGUCUCUGCAGAGGUGGCCUCGCUACACCCAAGAGAAGUUCAGGGUCGGAGGGCGGCGGCACCAGGCCCUUGGCCCAAUGGAGGCUCGAGGGGAGCUAGACCCUGCCCGGGAAUCGGCGAGCGGUGACCUGCUGCUGGCGUUGCUGGCACGGAGGGCCGACCUGCGCCGAGAGAUCCCGAUGUGUGCCGGCUGUGAUCAGCACAUCUUGGACCGCUUCAUCCUUAAGGCUCUGGACCGACAUUGGCACAGCAAGUGUCUCAAGUGCAGUGACUGCCACAUACCUCUGGCUGAACGAUGCUUCAGCCGCGGGGAAAGUGUCUACUGCAAAGAUGACUUCUUCAAGCGCUUCGGGACCAAAUGCGCCGCAUGCCAGCUGGGCAUCCCGCCCACGCAGGUGGUACGCCGCGCCCAGGACUUCGUAUACCACCUGCAUUGCUUUGCCUGCGUAGUUUGCAAGCGUCAGCUGGCCACAGGGGACGAGUUCUACCUCAUGGAAGACAGCCGGCUGGUGUGCAAGGCGGACUACGAAACAGCCAAGCAGCGAGAAGCCGAAGCCACAGCCAAGCGACCGCGUACGACUAUCACCGCCAAGCAGCUGGAGACACUGAAGAGCGCCUACAACACUUCGCCCAAGCCGGCGCGCCACGUGCGGGAGCAGCUCUCCUCCGAGACCGGCCUGGACAUGCGCGUGGUGCAGGUGUGGUUCCAGAACCGCCGAGCCAAGGAAAAGAGAUUGAAGAAAGACGCGGGCCGGCAGCGCUGGGGACAGUAUUUCCGCAAUAUGAAGCGCUCCCGCGGCAGCUCAAAGUCCGACAAGGACAGCAUCCAGGAGGGACAGGACAGCGACGCUGAAGUCUCCUUCACUGAUGAGCCGUCCAUGACUGACAUGGGGCCUGCCAACGGCCUGUACAGCAGCCUCGGAGAACCCACCCCUGCCUUGGGCCGGUCGGUUGGAGGAGGCCUCGGGAGCUUUGCGUUGGAGCACGGAGGCUUGGCAGGUCCAGAACAGUACCGAGAGCUACGCCCAGGAAGUCCCUACGGCAUCCCUCCAUCUCCUGCAGCGCCCCAGAGCCUUCCUGGCCCCCAGCCUCUCCUCUCCAGCCUGGUAUACCCAGACACCAACUUGGGCCUCGUUCCCUCAGGACCCCCAGGUGGGCCCCCACCCAUGAGGGUGUUGGCUGGAAAUGGACCCAGCUCGGAUCUGUCCACAGAGAGCAGCGGUGGUUAUCCCGACUUCCCUGCUAGCCCUGCCUCCUGGCUGGAUGAGGUAGACCAUGCUCAGUUCUGACCGAG